CGCUUGGCGCCGCUGUGAGGAGAAAGGCGGCCCGGCGGGGAUGUGGCUGAGGCGCUGAGCGCGACGCCAUCUCCACCGCCAUGGCCGAGCCGCCCGGGACGGCCGGGUCCCCGCCGCCGCCGCCACCACAGCCGCCUUCAUCCUCCUCUUCCUCGUCGUCGUCGUCGUCGUCCGUGGUGGUGGCCGCCGCCGCGGCCUCUGCCUCUUUGGACCCGGACUUCCCGCCUCAGAGCCGGCCGCGCUCCUGCACUUGGCCUUUGCCCCGGCCGGAGGCGGGGGUGCCCGAGCCGGACCAGUCUUACGCCGACCUGAUCAGCCAGGCCAUCGAGAGCGCCCCGGAGAAGCGGCUGACGCUGGCGCAGAUCUACGAGUGGAUGGUUCGCUCCGUGCCUUACUUCCGCGACAAGGGCGACAGCAACAGCUCCGCCGGCUGGAAGAACUCCAUCCGCCACAACCUCUCUCUGCAUAGCAAGUUCAUGAAAGUGCACAAUGAAGCGACUGGGAAGAGUUCUUGGUGGAUGCUCAACCCCGAAGGGGGCAAGAGUGGGAAGGCUCCACGCAGGAGAGCAGCCUCCAUGGACAACAGCAGCAAGCUGGCCAAAGUCAGAGGGAAGGCCUCCAAGAAGAAAGCAGCCAUGCAGGUGGCUCCAGAGCCUACCGCCGACAGCCCAGGCUCCCAGUACCCCAAGUGGCCUGGCAGCCCUUCUUCCAGAAGCAACGAGGACUCCGAGGUGUGGACCAGCAUCCGGCCUCGGACCAGCUCCAACGCCAGCAACCUCAGCGUGAGGCUUUCUCCGAUCCUGACUGAGCAGGACGACCUCCCUGACGAGGAGCUCCUCGUCUACUCUGGCGCGUCCAACAACGUUCCGCCCACGGUGACAGAGGAGCUGGAACUGAUUGACAGUCUGAACCUGAUGUCGCCCAGUUCAUCCUUGCUGCCAGCUCCGCAGCAGCCAUCCAGCGGCCUGACCCAAAGGAACGCCAGCUUCCCUUUGCAGGCCCAGAGCUCAACAGCCCAGGCCUCGUCCUUCAACAGCUCCCUUUUCAGCCCUGUUGAGAUCUCCCUCCACAAUUCUGCAGGCCAUUUUUCCGGCCCACAGACGCUGGAAGCCCUCCUGACGUCCAACUCUCCACCACCCAGCGAUGUGAUGAUGACACAAGUGGACCCAAUUCUCCCACAAAGUGGAGGCAGGUUGAACAGCCAGACUUUCCUGCUCCUGGGGGAACAGCCUUCCAAAUCCAAGGUGAGCCCAAUCAACCACCUCAGAAAGCCUUUAGAGCAGCAGCAGCAGCAGCGGCAGCAGCAGCAUGUAAAUAGCGUCGGUGCCAGCCCAUUGCCAUCUGCAUUUUCCAUGGUGGCAUCUCCUCAGAAUGCCAUGGGCAUGUCUGGCUUGAAGACAUCAUCAUCAGCGCAGUCUCCACAGGUGGUUCAGUUGGGCGCCCAGACAUCUUUGUCUGGUGUCGCUUUUGCCCCCUUUGGAGGGAGCCAGGAUAGGCUGCCCAAUGACCUGGACGUUGACAUGUACAUGGAAAACCUUGAAUGUGAUGUGGAUUACAUAAUCAACACCGACCUCAUGGAUGGAGAAGGACUGGACUUCAAUUUUGAACCCAUUCCAUCUGCUCCCAGCUACCCCAGCACCUCACAGGCCUCCAACCACACCUGGGUACCCAGUUAACUUUAAUAUGGACAAAGUGCCCUUCUGGUUCUGGAGCUUUUGCAUCCCAGAAGAGUCUAGAAGGCAAGGAGCACCUGGCACCUCUGUCUUAUUGCCCUGCAAGCCAGCUGGAGCAAGGGGCAGACCGCUGCAGGAGAAGAGUGAUUCUGUUCAGUGCCACGUCUUUUCCUGAGUCUACCGUAAACCCAGCAAGCUCCACCUUGGCUCUCCCCACAGGAACCUGCAGAGCCCCAGGAAGUGCUUUACCCAUGGCCAAAGAUCUUCUCUCCCUGCAGAAGCCUUCUCCAAAUUGAUGAGGUUCAGAAUCAGCCGUGGUAGGGUGGGAGCUGCCAAGAGGUGGUGCAUACUUUUUGCUGACAGCACCUCCCCAGUUGAUUUCUGCCUAAGCUCUCCAUGGAUGCGGCAUAUUAAGUCUUGAUGGGCGGCUGGGUGGGACCCUGGGCGGCUGCAAAUCAUGUGCUUGCCUGAACGAGGAAGUCCCUUUUGCUGUGUACUUUGCUUGGCUCCUUUCCAGAGGGGAGCAAGCGGGGGAGGCAGAAAGAAGGCAAGCCCGUCUGCAAGAGUUGGCGAGAUCAUUGCAUUCAUGCUUUGCCGUACUUGCCGGUGGGCCCUUCGGGAAGUGGAGGCCUGGUCUGGCAAAGCCUACACACACACACCCCACCACCACCACCUCGGUGCUAGGAUUACCCUGAAACUGUGACUGCCCUGAAGCAGGUGCUAAAAGCUGUUGCUAAGAAACCAAAACUACUUUUCUCCCUGGGUUCUUUUCUGGGCUGUCGAGCUGCAGCAGAGAAAUGGAAAACCCAGAUCCCGCCUUAACCAGAGCCCGAUUGGUAUUCAUAUUUUUUUUCUUCUUUUCCUAAUCAGAAGGGCAUUUUCUACAAAUGAACUAUUUUGGAAGCUUUUUUUAAAAAAAACAAACAAAAACACGAACUAAUCUGGACAGGGGACAAGGCUGUGGUAACCUUGAAGCCAUGAUACGGUGUCUCCAGAUCGAGUGCCUUUCCCUCCCUCGGACCACCGGGGCAGCAGCUGUGUUUCUCUAGCCUGCAUGAAGGACAGCACGGACAACUUCUUGGGUUCAUCAGCUGGCCAGGGCGGUGGGGGUGGGAAGAAGGGCAGCAGGCCGGCCUUGUUCCUUGGAACUGGGGCAGUUGAGGGAGUCGUACAUUAUAGAUAACUACCUGUAAAGCUAGCAGCAGAUUAACU